AUGGCAAGUUUGUACACCCGGGUUCAGCUGCGCCAUGACAAAUUACAAAAGGUGACUGCGGAAUCUCAAGCUCUCUGGGAGCAGUUGCAAGCGGAAGGAGCUGUCAGUGAAGAGGAGUUCACGGCAAUCCGCUUAAAAUUGAAGCAAUGCUUGGGGAGUUUUGAGAAGGAGUUAUUCCAAUACUUAAACGCGGUACCAGAUGCGGAUGUUAUUGAAUUAACUCAGAAUCAAUUAGUGGCUGAAGAUCUGUUGACGGAGUUGGAAGUUGCGUGGCAGAUCUCCAAAAGACAGAAGGAAACCGUGAAGAAAUCCAAACUGCCCGAACUAAGCCUUCCCUCCUUUUCGGGGGACAAGUUGAAAUGGUGCGAAUUUUGGGACCGGUUUGCAGCUAAUGUACACCAUAGAGAGUUACAGGAAUCUGAGAAACUAAUGUACCUCCUGAGCUGCCUAAAGGGUUCAGCACUUGAAACGGUUUCGGGAAUAGCGGCGACCAACGCAAACUACUCCGUUGCAGUGGAAACUUUGAAGCGAAGAUAUGGGUCAACUAACACUCUGAUUGACGCGCAUUAUACGGCCCUCAACAACCUCCAAAAGGCAGACUAUACUAGUGCCAGCUGUCGGAGUGUCCUAGACAGUGUUGAACGGAAUAUCAGGGUGUUAGAGAAGCUCGGGGAACCAGUUGGAGGCAACCAUUUAAGGGCAUUAGUACUGUCAAAAUUCCCGGAACAGGUUAUACGUGAGCACCACCUCAUCGGUGAAGGUACUGACUUGAUGGCCAUCAGAAACAGUCUAGAUAGAAUUAUAACGGCAAUGGAAAAGUCAACACCAAGUACAGAGUACAUUGCCGUGCCUGGCAGUAGCACAACUGAGGCGUUGCAAGUCCGCACAGAGGUGAGGCCUCAGACUAGCCGGAAGAGGAAACUUGCUGGAAAUGCUGGAGCACCACCUUCAAAGCGAGCUAAGAGAGCAUGCUUGUUCUGCAACCUGAAAGGACAUGCUAGCAGGGACUGUCGCAAGUACAGUACAGUCGAAGCUCGACAGAAGCAAGUAAUGGGAAGGUGUCUACACUGCCUCCGACGCAAUCAUGUGACAUCAUCCUGCAAGCGCAAGAUUGCUUGUUUCCGCUGUAAAGGGGACCAUCUACUCAUAUUCUGUCCCAAUCCGGCCUCAGAUGGUGAGCAACGUGACAUUUUAGAGAAAUUCUCUUUAAAAUCCUUGUGUGCUACUUCUAACAAACAUACCCUUUUACAGACCGCAGUGGCAACUCUUCAAAACCCUCUAACUAAGAAAAGCAACAAAGGCAGAAUCUUCAUAGACUGCGGUAGUCAGCGGAGUUACAUUACUCUGGCAGCUGCAAAAAAGUUAGGCCUGCCUACCCUUCAGGAAGACCUUCUACUAAUUUUUACCUUCGGAGCUUCUGAACCUAUGGAGACAUCGACCCCCUCAACAACGGUUGACAUCCAGACAAAACGUGAUGUUACCAGGCAGUUUACUGUGAACGUCGUACCAAGAAUUACAGACAGGGUUCCGGUGACAUCCUUCAAGUAUCCUGGAGUCGACAUUGUUGCUGAUGAUGAUACAGUUGGAGAGGUUGUUGAUGUACUCAUUGGGAAUGACUACUUUGGCGCUAUCCUCACAGGAAGAAAGAUCCAGGUGUCCGAAGACUUUUGGUUAUUGGAUACGGAUUUUGGAUGGGUGCCUUCGGGGAAGCUUGCUCCUGAAGAAAGAAGCGGAGUACUCUCAGUGGUCACAUACUGUCAAUGUCAUACUCCUAGCUGCCCAUAUUUCAGCGAGCCAGAUCUGCCUUUAAGAAACAUAGAUGUAAGGUUCUUAUGGUCAUUAGAGAACCUAGGGAUUACGGACUCUCCAAAAGCUACGAGACAAGAAGAAGCAGUUCGUCACUUCAAUGAGACAGUGCAACAUCAGGAAGGCCGGUACUUAGUGAAAUGGCCCUGGAUUGAGUACCCACCAGAUUUGCCAUCAAAUUUUGGGUUGGCCUUUGGUCGACUGAAGAGUAACCUGAAAAGACUAGACUUGCAGUUGAUUAAGGAAUAUGACUUGAUCUUGAAGGAACAACUUGACCUCGGAAUUAUAGAAGUCGUUACUAGAGGGUCAGACUUGAACGGGGACCACCCAAUUCACUACCUCGCCCACCAUAUGGUGAAACAAGAUGGCGGCGGCAAGGGGAGGAUAGUAUACGACGCUAGUGCCAAAAGUACUGGACAGAAAAGCCUCAAUGAGUGCCUUUACAGCGGACCUUCUAUGUUAGAAGACCUAACGGCGUUACUUUUGAAGUUCCGCACGAAGAGGUAUGGCAUACUGGCUGAUGUAGAAAAGGCGUUCCUACAAGUAGCACUUCAAGAGGAUGAUCGCGAUGUCACAAGAUUCCUCUGGUUAAAGGACACAACCAAGGAAGCGACGGAGGAUAACCUGCUAUAUCUGAGGUUCUGCAGAGUACCAUUCGGAGUUGUCGCGAGUCCAUUCUUACUGACAGCAACGAUCCGACAUUACAUAAGCCAGUCAAACAAGGCCUUGCUGAAACAAGUCGCUGACAAAUGCUAUGUGGAUAACCUAGUGACUGGAGCCGAUGGCCUGCAGGAGGCUAAGCAGAUCUAUGAGCAAACCAGAACAGUGUUUGAACAGCUGUCUAUGAAUAUGAGGGACUGGAUCUCAAACAACCAGAGCUUUAUGGACAUGAUACCAGAAUGUCAUAGGUCAGUCAAACAUGGACAGGUCAAAGUGCUUGGACUUAUGUGGAAUGUCGAAGAAGAUACGCUGAAACUGAAUUUGACUGAGAACCACUUCAGCACAAAUCCUCCUAUUGACACAAAAAGAAAAGUUCUUCGGGCUCUAGCACGUGUGUAUGACCCAUGUGGUUUUGUAUGCCCAUUAAUGUUGUCAAUGAAGCUGAUCUUCCAGAAUAUCUGUGAAAAGAAAUGUAAAUGGGAUACAGAACUACCUACGGAGAUGACACAGUCUGUGAAGAAAGUCAUGGAAAGUCUGAAAUCCAUAGUGGACACAGAGGUGCCUAGGUAUAUCGGGACAGAUAUCUCAAGGAGUGAUCUUAAAUAUCACUUACACUGCUUCACAGAUGCCUCCAAAGACGCAUAUGCUGCCGUUAUCUACCUCAAAGUGAUUGAAGAUGGACAAGGAAAAUCAGUCUCGCUUUUGAUAGCAAAAUCACACGUGUCACAGACCAAAGACAAGGAUGAAUUAAAAAUUCCCAAAUUAGAAUUACUAGGAUUUCUGAUUGGAAGCAGACUCCUGAAAUAUGUAAGGAACAACCUUGAUCUUGACAUUGAGAAAGAAUAUUUGUGGUCAGAUAGUUUGGUUGUACUUAGUUGGAUGAGGUCAAACAAACUGCUCCCACCCUUUGUUGCCAACAGGGUAAACGAAAUCAAGCGUGACCAUCCUAACACAGAGAUGUUCUACGUCCACACAAAAGAAAAUCCUGCUGAUAUUGCUACGCGUCCCGAGCUGUUUGGAGAGAAAAGGCAACUUUGGUUUAACGGACCGCAGUUUCUUGCCAAGGAAGAAUCAUGCUGGCCCCAAAAUAGACUCUAUGAGGCACAUCAGAACCUUCUUUCUGUUGGGGAGGUCCUGGGUGACGACCCAGGUGAGCCAACACAGGUAGUACCCAUUGGUGAUGACGCUGACCAGAGUGAGGACCUAGAGCAAGGAAGUCCCAGUGAUCCCGUUGAACUAAUGGAUACCCAGGAUUUAAGCAUGCCUACAGAGAGUGGUGAAUAUCCUACUGAUGGAAACAUGGAACUUGACAAUCCUGAAAAUCAUAGCGAAGGAGACAUCCAGCAGCAGACCAUUGUUGCCAAAAUAGUGUCCGAGAUAAAAGAUCUACAAAGAAAGCACUUCCAAGAAGAACUAGAUGGUAAAAGGACUCAUUUAGCACGAAACCUAGAUCUCUUUGUUGAUGUGGACGGCCUUCUUAGGUGCCGUGGGCGUAUGGCAAACACCACCUGGAGCUAUGACAUGAAGUAUCCGAUACUAUUGCCAAAGAAUUCAGAGUUCACUGACAGAAUCAUAAAGGAGACUCAUGAGAGUAACUACCACGUUGGUGCUCCACAUACAUUGAGUAUCAUCAGGGAACGGUAUUGGAUACCCCAAGGGAAAGCCCAGGUGAUGAAGGUGUUAAAGCGAUGUACCCAGUGUGUCAAACACGGCGGCGGUCCGUAUCGUUUACCAGCCACACCGGCGCUGCCUCCAGAACGAGUAAAUUACAACAGACCCUUUACUUACACUGGUGUUGAUUAUCUAGGACCGUUAUUUGUCAGUACCCAGACUGGUAAAGAGAAACGUUGGGUAGCCUUAUUCACUUGUUUGACAGUAAGAGCGAUACAUCUCGAGAUCGUGAAGGACCUCUCGGCUGAAGAAUGUCUCCUAGCAUUGCGACGGUUUAUAGCUGGUAGAAACAAACCACAACGGAUGUACUCAGAUAAUGCGACUUGUUUUAAGUUGGUCGCUGCAAUGGUACAACAGCCAUACUGCGUUAAGAAUGACAUACAGUGGAAAUUCAUAUGUCAACUAGCACCGUGGCAUGGAGGGUUUUACGAGCGGCUUGUGGCCUUGGUGAAGCAUUGUCUUAAAAGAACCCUAGAAAAACACCUUCUCAAUGAUACCAGGUUACUGACGGUGAUAAAGGAAGUGGAAACAGUGCUGAAUUCAAGACCACUGACCAGAGUCGGUACAGAUGUGGAACAUGUUCUCUGCCCGGCAGAUUUCUUAAGCCUAGGACAAUGUUUGACUAUGAGACCAUCUGCUGCUGAUAUUCCGACUUGUAACACUGUUACAAAGAGUGACCUGUUUGAGAGCUGGAAGAGAGGAUACAAUAUUCUAGCAGAAUUUAAGAGAAUGUUCGUCAUGCAGUAUCUUGCUAGUCUGAGAGAGAGGUACAACAACUCACCCAAGCAGCCUAGAGUUAAAUCUCAUCGAUCACCACAAGAAGGCGACCUUGUACAGGUUAAAUCGGAUCUCAAGAACAGAAACCUCUGGAAAGUGGGGAAGAUCCACGAGCUGAUCAAGGGAAGUGAUGGUGAAUGUAGAGUAGCGAGGGUCAAGGUUGACGAUUCUACUUUAACACGUUCCAUUGGCCAUCUCUACCCUCUGGAGGUAGAUGACGAGACGCCUGAGGUAGAACCUGUAGCGGGAGGCUCGGCUGAGAUUGGAGAGGACAGCGGGGAGUUGGAAGUUCCAAACAGAGUGAAUGAUCAUCACGUACCUGUGCUCGUUGAACAACCGGAGGUCGACGCGGAUGAUCUGGCAGAGUGUGACAUGACCAGUCACAAUGAAGUCCCACCACCAGAGGAACAGCCAGAGGAAAGAGGCGUUGGCAGAAGCAAGCGGAUCGCAGCCAUACGUGCCAGGGAUAAAAUCCUGGAGUGGACGCGACACCUGCUCGCCCUGCUGCAUUAA